AUGGAAACCAAGAUAGACAAAUCGGCUCAUGUCAGCAUGAUGGCGGACAGCAUCAUCGCCAACCUCUUGGCUGACGGCCUGAGAGCAGUGAUGCGUGGGUUGCUGGCGAACAGGUCUGAUUGUACUGCAGCAUUUGAAGAACAGACCCGAGUUUUCAUCCACGAAACGGUCUCUGGGUUCUCGAAUGCCACCGCAAAAAGAACCAACGAUCUCUCUGGACUGUCAAUACCAUCUGUCAAGGAAACUUGCCAGCGCGUUUGCUGUAUGAUUUGCUGCGGUCAGGUCCCGAAUGCCACGGAGGAUGACCACGACAUGUCUAGACAGCUUGCGUUUGUGGAUGGUACAAUUAUCCAGACUCUAACAGCUGUUCAAAAGACCCUCUCGGUGCCUAGUGGGGUGAGAGAGCUUUCUCCUGAUGAGCGCCUUCCACUGGAUACCCUGCUCAAAUCACUUCAGCCCUGCAAACUUAGUUGGGAGGGCAGCGGCGGGAUUUUCCCGUUCGAACGAGGCCUCGAAGCGACGAUCAACCUAGUUGACCCUACAUCUUCCCAUGAGAUAUCAGAAGAGCUUAGCAUCUCUAAAAACAUGGAGCAGUUCUGGAAGUAUAUUCAAAAUGGAUUUACGGCAUUUGACACGGCUGAUCACUACGGGGAUGCAGAGAUCAUUUUUGGUCGGUGCCGGAAAUCGAGCCCCAUUUCGGAUACCAUGUUCGCAGCUACAAAAUUUUGUGUUUUCCACCCAAUGAGUGUCACACCCGAGGCUAUAGGUGCAAACGUGAGUGAGCGGUGCCAUCGGUUACAGACCGAGAAAAUUGACCUUCUUCAAUUUCACUGGCAAUAUACACAGUAUGACGAUACUCAGUACAUCGACGCACUCAAGUACCUCUCCCAGGAUGAUCGAAUAAAGCACUUGGGUCUUUGCAAUUUUGACACAGAGAAUAUGCGAAGGGUUGUUGAAAGUGGUGUCAAAGAUAGUCACCAAGUCCAGGUAAAACAUCUCAUUCUUCACCUUUCCAGAAUGUGCUCACAAAGCCAGGUCUCACUUAUUGAUUCGCGACCAACUGUCAGGAUUAUUGAAUUUUGCGAGAAGCAUGAUAUCAAGCUUCUCACAUAUGGAACACUGACGUUUCCACCAUGGACGACCUACCUCGACCCCAACGCUUUGUAA